AUGCAAAAAAUAAAUAAAUGCUUUCAAAGCAAUUCAACUAAUGCCACGAAGCUGUUAAAUGAUCUCAUAUUAGCUAUCAGCUCAUUAAAACAAAAAAUAAUUUCUCCUGAUAGUGAAAUAGACAUUAUUAAUGACGAUCAAUUUGAGAAACACGUACAAACCGAUUUAUAUCUCGGCUAUGAUUUUGAGAAAGAAAUCAAAGCAUUGAGCAUAAAAGAAGAAGAAAAAAAUCUAAGAGAAUGCUGCACGGGUUUUGUAGUGGAGCUGGUCAAACAGUUGAAGCAAAGAUUGCCGGACAACUUUAAUAUAUUAAAACAGAUUGAUGCUUUUUCUGUUGAAAACAUCUUGAAAAUCAAAAACAAAAGCAUCACUCCGAUCCUGGAGUAUUUUAAUACUCCCAAUAUUGACCAAAUUGAACGUCAGUACUAUGAAGUUAGGCAAGUACAAUGGGAAAAUGUCGACGACACGGUUAAGUUCUGGAAUGAAGUACUCAAAUACCGGGAUUCUGGCGGAAACUGCAGAUUUCAUGAAUUGGCUUUAGUUGCUCUUCAAAUAUUGUCACUGCCUUGGUCGAAUGCCGAAGUGGAGAGGGUUUUUAGCCAAGUGAAUUUGGUUAAAUCCAAAAUCCGAAAUAGGAUGAGCGUUGAUACGUUAAACGCUAUAUUAAGCAUAAGGUUUAUAUUUAUAUCUAUUUUUAAAUUAGAAAUUAACUUAUCUAAAAUUUUAGGUCUGGGCUGCACCGAGAAAACAAAUGCUGUUUUGAUUACCAGCUACCGCCCAGCUGUCUGAAUAAAAUAGAACAGAGAGAAUAUUAUGCGAGCGAUAAGGAAGAUAUUGAAA